AUGACCGCCGUGACAACAGCUCCGAAAUCUGCCGAUUCCGCCGCCAUCGAAGGCUCCUCGGGCUCUCCGAAGGGUUUCUCGUGGAAACGAGGCGGUCUCGUUAUGAUAUUUUUGUGCCUCAGUGUUCUGCUCCAAGGUGCGACCUACAGUCACAUAACGUCGUUCUUCAACGUGUACGCUCUCGAAGUGAAAGGAAUCUCAUCGGCUGCGUACGGAAUCAUCAUGGGAUCGUACUGUUUCGUGGUUGUUUUCGUCACGCCUCUCACGGCGAAGCUCGUCAGUUUGAAGUAUUUCAGGGACAAAACGCUCCUUUUCAUCGCAUGGAUCAUCGAUUCGUCGUUCUGUCUGCUGAUGUCGCUAGUGUACAAACUCGGACGAGGAAAUCCAUUUUUCUUGGGAUCGCUCACUCUUAGAAUUUUCGAAGCGUGCGGCUGUGCGAUGGGUUGCAUGAUGGUGUACGUAAUCGUAGGACUAGAACUGAAUGAAAUCAAUCACAUAGUAAUCCCGAUUCUAGAGACAAUUUACGGAGUGUCGGUCGUCGUCGGUCCUGCAGUCAGUGGCAUUCUCUUCGAUGUCGGUGGCUUCCCGUUGCCAUUUUGGUUCAUGGGCGGGACCUUGAUGGCUUUGACGAUGCUGGGAUUGAGUUUCUUCCCCGAGCCACGGAAGCUUUCCCCGGAGGAUCCAGCUCCGGAUAGCGUCAGCAUAUGGACCGCUUGGGAGUUUCCCGUGAUCGUCAACGUCCUCUGCGCUAUGAACGCUUUCGUUCUGAUCUCUUUCAAUGAAUCCACACUUGCUCUGCAACUGAACAUCAAAUUCGGGAUGAGUGCCACCGAGUCCGGCAUGCUGUUCCUGUUCGCUGGCGGCACGUAUGCCUUAUCGAGUCUGGUGUUCGGGUUCGUCUCAAAACGAAUACUCGACCCUCGGUAUUUCGUUUUGAUCGGUCAAAUAAUUUCGUUGGUAGCACUGACGCUCCAGGGACCGCUCAUCCCAGUCAGGCAAUCGAAAGAGAUCCUCAUUCUGGCCCAGAUUCUGCUCGGAAUCGGUUCCGGACCAUGUUACGUAUGCUCCUAUAUACAGUCUUUGAGAUAUCUCUCGAAGGGGAAAGAAUCGAAAGAGUUAUACGCAGCUCUCACAGCGAUAUUCACACCGGCUACGUCGGUCGGCUGUACGAUAGGACCCUUGAUGGCAGGUUUCAUCCUCGAUUACUACUCGUACGAGACAGUGGUCGCUGUGAAUGUUUCGCUCACGGUGGCGGUGGCCAUCUUGCUGUUUUGUACAAUUUGCAUGGGUACCAAAACUUUUAAGGAGACCGACCAGGCUAACUCUGCGGACCGUGCAAGCGUGUCGAGUGCCGUGGUGAAACUGUAG